AUGCCAGAAGAGAAGGUGGUUGAUGCUGUCGCUCAAGAUCAGAUUUUCAAGGAUUAUGUGAAGAGAGAAAAAGAGUCGGUGACCCAGUGGGUCAGGGCUUUUGAUUUUAUGCUGAGUGAAGAAUCUCUGAAAAAAGCGAAAGGAGAAACUAAAACAGCUCCAGAGAGAAAUCCGAAUGUACCAGCGACUUCUGCCAAAGCAAUCGGUUCCCGAGUUGGGAAGAAUCUCGAUCUUUGGGCUGGAGAACGAAGAGCUCGAGGAUGCAUUCUGAAAUCGCUCAAAAUGCCUUACGAAGCUACUGUCUAG